AUGAUCCUGUGCCCUUCUUGCGGGCCCCUGGGGACGACAUCGAGGCAAGGCGGCAGGACUGCGAAAAUCAGAUCGCCGGGGAUUUGGGUGGAGGGGGACUCCUGCGCCAAACAGGAUGCGGACCUGGUGCGGCGCUUCGUGAAGCUCCUCGACGUGCUGUACGACCGGCGCGUCCGCCUGGUGCUCGCGGCGGCCGCGCCCCUCGAGGAGCUGUUCGAGGGCAUCCGCGCCGAGAUCGGCAGGGGCUCCGCCGGGGACCUCGCGUGGCGCACCGCGCUGUACUCGGCGGACGGCAAGGUCGGGAUGGCCCCGACCGCCGUGGGCACCCUCUGCGAGGGCGUGCGGGCCACGGACCGGGCCGAGUCUCGCCUGCGGGAGAUGCGCACCGGGCGGUACUGGGAGGGCUGCAGGGCCGCGUCGGCCGGGGCGCCCUGA